AUGGGAGAAGACGCUGCCUCACGGACCAAAGAAGGCCCGUCCUCGGAGAGGAUAGAGAUAUCCAGACAUGGUGUUACCCGCCUUCGCAUCGACACCAACGAUGAUAGCCAUGCCGUGCAGGGUGACAAUUCCGAUGGUGCUAUUGAAUGGACAUUGACUCGGUUCAUUGCUUAUUUAUCGCUUGCUGGCCUUUAUGUCGGCGCCCAAAUCCCGCUGUAUUUCGUCGGAGCCUCGCUCUCGUUCAUCGUCAAGGACAUUGGAUCACCAGAAAAAUCUGCCUGGCUUCCUGUGGCCAAUACCUUGGCCAUUGCUGCGGUCGCCCCUUUCGUCGGAUAUUUGCAAGACAUAUUCGGACGUCGGUACAUGUCGAUGGCUGGGGGUGUUAGCAUCAUAGUUGGCAUCAUCAUCGUCGGGACAUCUCAUAGCUUCGGUCAAGCUGUCACUGGAAUGGCUUUUGCCGGCGCUGGUGGUGCUGUUGGCGAGCUUACUGCUCUAGCAGGUACCGCGGAACUUGUUCCUGUCAAACUGCGAGGACUUUACCUGGGUCUCGUCACUUUCUUCGUGAUUCCCUUCGUCCCCUAUGUGAUGUAUGGACAGCUCCUUAGCACCUACCACACAUGGAGAUGGGGCAUGUGGAUCUCAUUGAUUUACAACGGUAUCGCCUUCGUCGGUAUUGCCCUGACGUACUUCCCUCAAGCUGCCAGAAGAGGAGAUGGGGCGAGCAAGAUGCAAAUCUUGAAAAGCAUUGACUACGUUGGCGGCCUCCUGUCCAUAAUUGGCUUGACACUCUUCCUCGUCUCCCUGCAGGCUGGUGGUUAUAGCCACCCCUGGUCAUCGGCUUACGUUUUGUGUAACCUGCUGAUCGGCAUCGCGCUCAUCCUGGGGUUCGUGGUCUGGGAAUGGAAAUUUGCCACAAACGCAAUUGUUCCACCCGAGCUUUUCAAGGGACGGAGGACUGUCGCUGUCUCAUUCCUGGUUGCGUUCGUUGGGGGAGUGAACUUCUACUCGUCACUGAACUUUUUCCCACUGGAAUCUUCCACAGUCUUCGAUCCCAAUCCAGUUCAAGUUGGGCUGAAGGGUUUGGCGGCUGCCCUCGGUGUUACCCUGGGGGCAACUGUGGUGAACUCGGCUCUGUCCUGGUUGAGAGGAUACAAUCGGGAGCUGCUAGUGGGUUCAUGUAUACUGAUGACCGCAUUUGGCGGAGCUUUGGCAGAUCUUAACCCAGACUCGACGGCCAAACUUUACGUCUUCGUCGUCCUCUCCGGAAUUGGUAUCGGAGGCGUCUUGGUGCCAGCAGCCACGAUCGCUAUCACCGUUGCGCCUGAUGAAUUGAUUGCCACUUGUGUGGCUCUAUCACUGUCGAUCCGUGUCGUGGGCGGUUCCAUCGGUUAUAGUAUCUACUAUAACAUCUUCUAUCAGAAACUCGUGCAUCACCUACCAUUAGCAGUUGCUGAGGCAGCUAUUAAAGCCGGCCUCCCCAUCACAUCGGCAAAGCAGUUCGUCGAAACGUUCCUUCUGAACCCCGCUGCUAUCGGGACAGUGCCUGGCGUAACACCCGCGGUCUUGGAGGCGGCUGCCAUCGGUUCACGCUGGGGUUAUGCAUACGCGCUCAAAUAUGUUUGGUACACCAGCAUCCCCUUUGGCAUUUGCGCCAUCAUAGCCUGCUUGUUCAUUGGCAAUACUGAGAAGUAUAUGACGAACCGUAUUGCAGCACAGAUUGGGCAUUCGGUAAAGGAGAAGAACAUAAAGGAAGAGCCAUUGGCCUCUGGUGAGGCAUAA